AGUGGACAGGUGUCAGUAUGCAGGAGUCUCCAGGUGCCGUGGGUGUAGAUGGCAGCUAUGCCAGCAACGUUCCAGCCUUCCUCACCAAGCUGUGGACCCUGGUGGAGGAUCCAGAUACCAACCACCUCAUCUGCUGGAGCGCUUCUGGGACCAGUUUCCAUGUGUUUGACCAGGGACGCUUUGCCAAGGAAGUCCUGCCAAAGUACUUUAAACACAACAAUAUGGCAAGCUUUGUUCGACAGCUCAACAUGUAUGGUUUCCGUAAGGUGGUGAACAUUGAGCAGAGCGGCCUGGUGAAGCCUGAGAGAGACGACACAGAGUUCCAACAUCUGUACUUCCUCCAGGGACAUGAACACAUGCUGGAACACAUCAAGAGGAAGGUGUCCAUAGUGAAGAGUGAGGAGACCAAAGUCCGUCAGGAGGACCUCAGUAAACUGCUGUAUGAAGUCCAGCUUCUCAGAACACAACAGGACAACAUGGAGUGUCAGAUGCAGGACAUGAAACAGCAGAAUGAGGUCCUCUGGAGAGAGGUGGUCUCACUGAGACAGAAUCACACACAGCAACAGAAAGUCAUGAACAAGCUGAUUCAGUUUCUGUUCAGCCAGAUGCAGUCCAACACACCCAGCACUGUGGGCCUAAAGAGAAAGCUGCCCCUGAUGUUGGACGAUGGCUCUCCCAGCCCUCCUGCCUCCAAGUUCAGCCAUAGUCACCCAAUGGAGUCCAUGCAUGAGCCCUUCUACAUCCAGUCGCCAUCCAGUGAUACUGCCUCUUGCUCUACCAGUGGGCUGACAGGAGGACCGAUUAUAUCCGAUGUAACUGACAUGUCUCAGGCCAGUAUGGCCCUCCAGCUGCAGCCUGAUGAGACAAGGGAGAAGUGCAUGAUGCUUAUCAAAGAGGAGCCUGUGAGUCCAGGAGUGAGAGGAGGAGGGAAAGGAGGCAGUGCAGGGGGAGGAGAGGCCAUAGCGUUAACCUCCUCCUGUGAGGUGUGCUCCUCAGAACCUCCUGUCCUCCCCGUCGCAAUGGUCCAGUCUGUUCUGGAGGGGAGGGGCUCUGGAGCUUCUAUGGUGGAGAGGAGGAGUAAGAGACCUGCCCUGGACAGAGUGGAGGCUUCGGAUGCAGUGGAGAAUGUGGAUAUGAGCCUUGAGGAGCUGCAGCAGCUGCUGCUCAGGAGCCAUCAGCAGAGCACUGUGGAAGCUGGGACCAACGCUGUUCUGGAUCCCUUCAGUUUAAGCCUUCCUCUGACUGAGUGGAACUUCACAGAGAUGGAGUCCAACCUCAAAUCAUACAUGUUCCAGAACCAGGAAGCGGAGGCUUUUCCUGCUACUGGCUGUGAGGAGCAGUGAUCCAUCUGUGCUUUGGAAUGUCUUUUCUGAAAUGGAAGGCCACAGAAGCUGAUGUUCUCCUCAUUAUUUCACUCUGCAUGGGUUUGAUCCCACGGCUCUGCCAGGCUGCAUCUUACAUGUGAAUUUCUUUGCUUCAUUCUUUCUUUCUUUCCAUUCAUACACCUACAAAAUGCAUCUGAUUUUCUGGGCCUGCCGAUGUGGCCUAUCAGCCAGCAGCUCGGUCAGCUUGACCGCUUUUUGAAUGAGAAAAGACGCCGGUCGAAGUUAUCAAAAGUUACCCAAAUAAACAAGUGUUUUCCGACACAAGUAUACCUAGACUCCAAUAUUAAGCCAGCUGGAUGCAGACAGUGCAUUCUUGGCUCCUGCACUUUAGUCUUUGUGUGAGAGGGAGUUCCUGCUUGUGAAAGUGACUUUUUCUUCCUCUACUGUAUAAAGAGUCUAUUACGACUGUAUAAAUUAAUAUUUUCAUUAUUUUAUCCUUAUUACAUUUUUUUUUAUUUGUAUACAAGAGAACACUUUGGCAAAAAAGUCGCUGUGAAAAAAACAUCUUGGAGUGAAAUGUAGCAUACUGUAUAUUACAAGUUCUGUUUUUUUCAGUCUGUGUAAGAGUGAUGAAAAUUGAAUGGCUCCUCAAAUAUUUCAAGCAUUUCCAAUCAUGAUAAAUGUGUUGAGAUGGGUCAGAUGUGAUGUAGCCUUCCAUGAUAUCAAAGGUUUUUCUUGCAAAAAUAUGGAUCAAGCCUCUCUAAAAUGUUAAGAAACCCUUUAGUUGUUUAAGAAUAUCAUGAUAGGGGUUUUACACUGAAGCGCCCAUCUAAUGUAUCUUUGCACAGGCCUGACAUGUAGCUAGAGACUUGGUUACUUCUCUUCUGUCCAUUUAAAUGUGAAGUUUAAAGGAAAUAUUAAAAGAUAGACUUCUCAUUUGACAAAACCAUGAACACCACUGCAUUUUUGCACAACCUGUAUCACUAGUUAUAUAUAGGUAUGACAACAAGUCAUUUAUUUUGUGUUUGUAGAUGACCCACACUUUGUUGCUCUACACUUGCCUGUCUAAGAGAGAUAGUGGCCUCAAUAAAAGGGUUUUUAAAAUUUGAAGGCAAAUUUUAGUCUUGGAGAUAUUAUGUCUCUGAAUGUUACUACUGUUUUUAUUUGGAAACAAAGGCCACACUUAAAUUUAAGACUUGAGUGUGCAUAGAACAUAAAAACCCUGAUAUAAAGUCAUGACAGCUACUUCCAAACUUUGUAGAAAGAGAAAUACUAAACUGUCCAGGAGCCAGUCUUUAAAACAUUUAUGAUUGACUGUGUUUCAUUAUAUGGUGGGGUGGUUAUUUAAGAAUUGAAUCUGUUCUACAACCAUGAAUAUCUGCUAUGCAUAUGAAUUCUCUGGAUUAUUUAAGAUAAUCAAUAACCAUUCAAUGUAAAAUAUUUGUCCUCUGCACUGGUUGCAGACAACAGUUUUAUGGUUAAUUGAUGGUAAAUAUUGGAAAUAUCCUGGAGAUGAGUUGAAUCGUGCAAUACUGUACAGAGAUGUGAGAACUCACAAAUUUGCAAUACAUGGACGACCGUAGGAAUGUAGGAAAAAGCAACUGUGAGUGGUGGACUGGAGCACACCCUGUUGAGAUGUGCUGCAGAAGGAUAAUGUUAGCCUGUGAGUCUAAAAGCCCUGCUAGCUCUUUACAAGAGUCAAACAAAAGCUACAACUUAGCCUGUGGCAAGGCUACGGGCUAAGUUGCAACAACAAAUCCAGCUUUAAGAAUGCUUUUUUGCACAGAAUAGCUGGACAUUUUGUCCGCUUUGUGAAUCUAAAAGCCAGGCUAGCUCUUUUCAGGGAGUCAGAGCAAAAGGAUUCAAACUAACUGAACAGCAACAUCGUAAGAGCUACAUGUAGAUGCUAGCAAGGCUAAAACUCAGGGUAGCGAUUUGCGUUAGCUUUUUGAAAAGGACAUUGCAUUUUCUCCAUUAUGCACCUUUGAAUCUGUGAAUAAUUACCACUACUUAUAAUUAUGACUACAAUUGCUAAAAGUUAGAAAACAAAUCCUUGUUACAUAGACAUGAUUACAAUUUAGGUUUUUAUGUCUGCAUUAGAAAUGAUGAUUAGGAAAAUUCGCUAAGAAAGACUAGCUCAUGGCUGUGUUCCUCUUUUGUCGAUUAACCUGGAUAUUACAUUGAAUUUGCCAAAUUAAGAAGCGAAUGCAAACUGCUCCCUGCAGGUUAAAUUUUUUUCUUCUUCUCAGUGCAUACUUUGGUUAGAAGGGAGAAAAACAAGCUGUGGUGUAUAACAAGUGGAAUUGCACUAAAUCACAGUUGUAUGAUAUUUGAGAGUAUACAGUACAUUUUAGAUAUAGCAUUUAUUCUUGUUCCUCAUGAUAAUAUGAGUGUUAAUGAUUUUUUUCAAGGAGUGAUGAAUACACACAUUCAGUUGCUGUUGUGUUCUUAAUUUAUUCUGUUUUCAAUUUUAAUCAUUUGCACUGGAAAUGAAUGGAUGUGUGUUCAAAUUACAUUUAUGCUUGUCAGGAUUGCAGAUAAAUAAGGAAGUAUUAUUGUUAACUGAGUGAAAAGAUCUCUGCUGUUACAAAGCCUGGUAUCCCACAUCCUACAAAACCAACAAUACAUCAGCAUAUUAAUACAUAUACAAUAAGCACAAAACAGAAAGAAAAACCCUUUCUUUUUCAACAAACUAUGCUUGCUGUCCUGCAUAGACACUAAAGUGGGCCACAACUGCUGAAAAUGUGAAUUGUUUUAAUGGUUUUUUGCAAAGACUAAAGUGUAUUGUUACAGAGAGUCAAAGAAACUGAACAUGUAUUCCACCUGUAUGAAAUAUUUAAGUUGUUAAAAACAAAUUAAAAUGAAAG